UAAGAAAGUAUAUAUAAAUAUAAAAGCCCGUUAUAUGGCUGGUUGCUUCCCAGGGCUGCCAAUUACACUGGCAUAACAGAAUGCGUAUCUCGCGUGUAAGUGAAUGUUGCGGUUUGAGGGGCUCGUUAACUUCCGUCGAUUUUCAACCUCACGCACGUCCGCGCAAGGUACACCGUCUGGCUACUGCUGCGUCAACUGAUGUUCAAAUAUGGGCACUCUGGUAUGAAGAAUCUGCCAAGGGUCCUCCCGCCAUACGCUGCUUAUGCCUCCACACAUUUCGAGGCCAUUCUCCCUACGAAGUAGCUAUUGCCAGGUGGUCACCAAAUGGGAAGUAUCUUGCAAGUACUGAUUCAGGAGGAGUAACUCAUAUUUUGGAACGGAACGAUGAUAAGACACGUGAGCUAGAGGAGUCCCUUGAUGCUUAUCGAGCAAAUGGUGACACAACUAAUGCAUCACAGCAAACACCUUCAGAGACCAAGGAAACACGUAAAUACACGUUCAAGUAUGACGGAACGUCGUCUAAACGCCACCAUCCCAAUGGAGGUACUCCUAACAUGCGCAUUAGUUUCGACUCUCAAACGAUUAACCGCGAAGUUGUCAAACCAGUGACUGUUGACAAAAGUGGAGGUAACUUUGAAAUAUGGAAAUCUGUACAGUCGUUCCGAUGCCCGCAGAAUAUGGGCCAGCUGUUUGAUUUAAGCUGGGCACCGGAUAAUUGCAGCAUCGUUGGCGGUGGUCUUAAUGGGCAGGUUGCGGUAUUCGAUAUUGUAUCAAAGCAGGUUGUGGCCAAGUUCAAUGUAUACGAUGAAUGUGUCCCAAACGCAGUUCCAAAUGGACGUGGAUACAUAAAAAGUGUAGCUUGGGACCCGAUGACGUUGUAUAUAGCAGUCCAGACUAGUGGACGUGACGUUUCAAUAUGGAGGCGAUCGCCGCCACACCCAAAAGGAUCAGCUGAUAAAUGGACCUUCAAAUGCGUUUUCACGAAUAACGAUCUCUUCAAAAAGUCGCAGAGUGACCUUUUGGGAGGCUCGCGCAUAUCGUGGGCUCCUAAUGGCCAACUGGUCGCAUUUCCAAGCGCCGGGGGAUCGAAUUUGAACUUUACAGCAUGCUUCGAAGUGGUCCAUGAUGCACUGGCGGAUGAAAAAAAACAGUUCCGCAAGGGCCAAAUAGGGGCAGAUGAGCUUCAAUUCGCAUAUGAUACCGGUAAACAUAGCAUAAGACAUGAUGCAAUGCUUUUACAUGGGCAUCACUCAAGGAUACGGAAUGUAAGAUUUUGUCAGGACCUAAUGUUGUCCACAAAACGCAAAGUACCCAAAGCCACGUCGGAACCAUAUCGUUACGCCCUUUAUGCACAGUCCAGUGAUGAUGGCGUCAUAUCAAUAUGGCGAUUUAGGCACUAUAGUAAUUGGCAUACAGACUACAACAACGAAGCUCUGUGCCUCUGUGUAAUCAAGAACGCCUCGGAUGAACAAAGCAGUCUAGAGGACAUCGCUUGGGGUAACAAUGGCAAAUGGCUAGCCGCAGCAUCCAGCCAAGGAGGACUCAUAUUGAUAGAGUUAAAUGAGGAUGAGAGCCAGACCAGAUAUUACCGUAACUGUAUUGAUGGACUACAAAUUGGCGAUUCGCCGGAGAUUGCUAUGGAAUUCCUUAGCAAAGUGGACUCCUACAUAGCCGCUAAAAAUCCACAUAACACUAACGAACUUGCGCCGUCCACACAAAAUGGCCCGCAACAUAAUGGGAGCCCCUCCCAGCAGGAUUCCAUUGCAUAUCCAUCGCGCUGCAUUACGGAGUCCAAUUCGGAACACAAUCGAGCUUUGGUCAUUACAGAAUAUCUUGGCGAGAAUACUAAAGGUUUGGGUAACAUCCCUAGGAAAUUGAACCAAAAGUUACCAUCUGCAUUCCACUUUGGGGGAUACAAAUCUAUACUGCAUAUUGGUACCUGGAUUAUCAGAGCCUCUGCUAUCACCUUAAACGCCAUUUGGGUAGCUUAUAACCUGAGUUUACUGAGUGCAUAUGCUAUCUUGGUGAGUUACCUACGCGCUUGCCACGUUGAAUGCGGUGAAGACCUUUAUCCCACCGGAAGUUCAUAUAAUACUGAGAACGAACAAGGAAAUACACUUGGUACAAUGGGAGGCAAGUCACAAUUGAUCAACUGCGUGCCUGUAGAAGCUGUAUCUAUGCACGAUGGAUUCAUGGAAUCAUGUCAUGGAGCUGCCAAACUUGUGCCUUCAGAUGUGCGUGAUUUUGUUUAUGAAGCCAAUUCAGGAAUGAUAGCUCUUUGCCCAUUUAAGAUUGCUAAAUACAGCAAACGGUACGUUGAAGUGCCGUUUCGCUAUAGGUUCAUUGUUCGUGCUCAUAAGCGCAAGAAGGUGGGUCCAUAUUGGCCAGUCAUAGUACCACCAUCAUGCGGUAUUUCAAGCUGCAAUUCAGGAGAGCCUUCCCCCGAUAGUCACAAGGAAGUCCAGAGCACGGACAAUCACAAAACUGUCCCAGAAACCGUGGUUGAAAGUGAUUCGACGGUUGUGGAAAGCGGUGACACCAGUGGUAGAACCGCUAGAGAACCCCCAAGCCGUGAAUCUAAACCUGCAGCAAAAUCAUGUCGUGAUAAAACAAACGCACGAGGUGAAGAUAAUAUGGAUAUUUGGCUCAGGAUGGAUUACACCAAUUGUACAGAUAAGAUUGCAGAUUUUUGGAAGUCACAAAAGGACAAUUGGGGCAACUUCUUGAGUACUCAAGAACAGAAUAAAGAAGGAAAUAUCAACUAUAGACCUGGAGAUGUUCCAUCGAAGGAUCGAUCAGGAUAUACUAUGCACCAAAGCGUGCAGGAGCCACAAGUUGCUGUCAAUACACUCUUUCGUGACACUAUAGCUAAUAGUAAUGCACGGGGUGUUAGUGGUAACCAACGUGGAGAUGUGGCAUUGUCUAAAAGGCCAACAGUGACUUCACCGGAUGACAACACCGAUGAAGUGCGGCCAUGUGUCAAUACGCCUGUGAAUAACAUGGGCAAUAUAAGUAAUAUGGGCGGUGCUCCACACCGAAGGAAGCGGAAUGGAGAUUAUGUAUGGGAAGAUGUAUCAUCAUCAGUAGCAUCAACACCGUCUAAUGUUGUGACGGUGAAUACGCCACCGUCUGUUGUCGAUCCUGCGACGUCGCAGGUCAAGAAUAUGUUGAAAAACGCUGCUGUGUACACAGAUAGCGAUGCGAGUGACUUGCUGUCGCCGCAAGGGAAAAGGAAGACAAAUGCUUCACUUGCUGCAGACCUAAUGAAUAACAGUCUGUCAACACAACACUCGGGAGAUACACAAUUGUCGGCACCUAAACUAGAUGUGGAUGACGUUAUUUGCGUCCCAACCUUCUUCUCACUACCAAAGGUGCGACCAAUACUCUCGGAGACAGUGAAGUUGUCCGGGGAGAUGUAUCAGUUAUGUGCAAUCAACGACCUUAAGGGGAUGCCGUCGGCAGUCAUAUCGUGCGUCAUCCCCCAAGAAGAUGGCCUUACAUCGGUAGUGUGGAUGAAAAAUAUCAACAUUGGUCAUGUAACACAUAUGCAUACAUUUGAAAAUCUUGGGGUGGUACUCAUUGUUAGCCAAGUUGGUGAUGCGUCAAAUACAAGCACUAAUAAAGAUAACCUACCAGGGCUGACGGCGGGAACCCAGCCGAGAAAAUCUCCGAAAAAUGCAUUUAACGAUAAGUCAACAGCAUUUGUAACCGUGAUGGAAAUUAAAACUGGAAGAAGUAGGGUAAACGAAAAGCCAUUGCCCGACCUUGAUCUAGCCACUGUAAAUUACUUCGUCUCAGGCCAUUACGUUUACAUACUGUUCACGGGAACACCGGAUAUAAUUGCAUUGUACAGCGUGGGACCUACAACACGUAGCAACAGAUGGGAUAUGCAGGAGAUAUUUACAGUCUCCGCUAAUAUCUUUAUGUUUGAACCUCUCACCGAUAUCUGGCAGAUGCAACUCUUGAAUGUAUCACACAACGCAUCGUUCUGCGGUGCGGAAGAUGAAGGAUCCACUUAUCUACCAGGUGUAUUCAAGAAGGGAAGCAACGAUACUGAUUGCCCGAUUACUAACCUAGGGCAAUGCGAUGGUAUUAUAGGCGAUGAUAACUUCAUCGCUUUACUUCUCUAUAUGCAGGAACCAAAGGUUUACGUGCUUACCCAGCAAUUCGAGCCACAUACGAUAGAUGUAAGAAACAUCCCGCAAACACUUACCCAAGAUGUAUCUAAUCGUGCCAUCACUUUACAAACAAUGAAAAAUGCCUACAGUGAUUUGUUGGAGCCAGUGCGACAACGCGUAAUGGGUAAUCAUGGAUUGUAUAGGCAUGUUACAAACCGCUUGGUACAUUUAUUCCACAUUAAUUCCCAAGACAAAUCCCAGGUCGUGGUACCAAGUAAUAUGAAUGUUGGUUUCGAUUUUAAAACAAAAGAACAGCUGAUGGCAUCUGCAUUGAUACUAGGUAGCAAGAAUGAAUACGUACUGCUGUUCUACGAGUAUAUAACCUCGCUUUUCUCUAAGCUACAGGCGUCUAGGAUCUGCUGUGUUAUCAGUAUUAUAUACAAGUCAGCGGUUGAAUGGAACAUCAAGGGUUGGGGAGAAGAUACGACGGAACUCAGCGCAUUCGAUGCACGGAUGCUUCAUAAUAUUGGUAUCGACAUUUUGGCCAUUAUCAAAGGGUUCCUCAUGCCGCUUAUGACAAGCUUGUUCUGGUUAGUGGAAGAUGAAUGCGUGUCGCGUAACCUAGGUAGCACCAAUGGACCCCCAACUAAAAGGGAACCUGUCCCUGAUAGUGGAUGCCACCAGUACUGUACUGCCGGAGCUGUCCCAUGUCCUAUUGAACGUGCCAAGCAUAGGAUCAAGGACGCCAGCAUUGUAGACAAUAACGAACUAUCGCGCAUACGAACGUUGUUUGUCACCCUGCUACGCAAUGUAAAUGUUUGGGAACGAGUGCUGGGCAACAACUAGUUGCCGUGCGUAGUUUCCUUCUUUUUGUCACUUUU